GCGCAUUAACGGCAUAUAUGUAUCGUUCUGGGAAUUAAUUACUUCUAUGUAUAUAUAAACCCACCUGGCAAUAUCAGUUGGCGUGGGUUCCAUACGCCAACUAAUCAGGCAUUCCAUAACUUCAGCCCCCUAUUUCUAUGAUGUUCGAUCAACGAAAUAUCUCCGUGAAGUGGCUAAUAGCCUAUCUGCUCUUUUAUAAUGUGUCCGAAGUUUCUGCCCGACGAAACCGCCGGCAAGCAGCGGAGUCCACUGCAACAUCCAACAUACCAUCCAUUACACCUGUUACUUCAACCGCUACCGUCGACGGGCAACUUGUCACUGCAACUUACACACCCACAUCAAUCUCUAUCACAGGUCUUGCUCCCCCAAUAACCGCCGCCACAACAGUCACGACAACUGAUGCGACCGGCGCAACGGUUGCCGUUGCCGUUGGAGUGGGGGCUGGCAUCGUUGCUGGUGGAGCUCUGGCUGGAUGGUUAUUCAAACCUGUGCCAGGUAUGCCACCAGCGCCAACCACGCCACCGGCUUAUACGACUUCAGUCCAAGAUCCUCAACCGGAAUCCACCACUACCUCUGAGCAAACAACUACAAGUAGUCUUUCGGCCUGUCCAUUCUCCACCUAGGGUUCUCACCUUCAGUUUUCGCCGGCAGCUCAGCAGCCAACAUGGACGGCCAAGAUACCAUCUCAGACUGGUAGCACCCACCAUCCGCAGUGCACUCCGUCUGGGGAUAAGCAAAAACCCUGCCUCACAACCACCCCCCGUCACGACCAGGGCCCUAGGCACCCUAAAACGCGCUUUAACUCCCAAC